UGCUGUUAUGGUAUCCUCCACGGUUCUGGGAAGGCUUUCGACUAGAUGUUGUACAGCGUGGCCGUGGGGAUUUAUCCGUUCAGCCGCAAGAACAUGAGCGGUUGUCCGGCAAGCGGGCCUGGGGUGCAGCCGGCGUACCAAAGGUGCUCAGUGGGGUUGAGGUCAGGGCUCUGUGCGGGACGCUCGAGUUCUUCCACUCCAGCCCCGGUAAACCGUGUCUUCAUGGAGCUCGCUGUGUGCACAGGGUCUGAAAAACAUCUGGCAGUCUGGAGGAUGGCAGCUGUAUGGUACAAAAAUCAAAAAUACCGUCCUCAAGCUUAUGAAACUCACGAAGUGGGCGGGACGAGUGAAAGUGGGUGCGGUUUAACUUUAUGCAAAUGAGAAGGAAAACCAUUAGGCGAGGGCGAUACGGUGGUACACUUCACUUUGAUCUGAUUUGCGAUCAGAUGCGUGGCUUAAGAUCCGAUCUGUUGAUGCCUUAUGUGGAUUUCACACUACCCUGGUAGUACCAGUGAAACCAUGGCAACCGGCAGUAACAUAAACAGAACACCCACAAGCACCCACUGUACUUUAGCGCAACCUGUCCCCGGAUUGUUGCCAUGGUGAUGAAGUAAAUCUGGAAAUACAAUUUUCACUUGUAAACUUUCACAUCGUGUGUGUGUGUGUGUGUGUGUGUGUGUGUGUGUGCGCAGUAUUUGUUGAUUAUGUCUCCAUAGUUCAGUGAAAAUAUCACGCCGAUUUUUGAUUCAGAGCAGUAUUUUUGUGCAUGGAUUAUUUUAAACCGCUAUAAAGCCAUCGUCAUAACCACUGCUGCUCGUCAUUUUAAAGGAUCAGUAGCAUGACCAAAAUGAUGUCAUUGAGAAACACACGCUGUCAGGGCUGGACCUGGUGGAUAAAUACAUUAAGUUUGUGAAGGAGCGCACAGAGAUCGAGCAAAGCUACGCCAAGCAGCUGAGGAAUCUAACGAAGAAGUACAGCCCUAAACGAGGCAGCAAGGAGGAGCAGGAAUGCAGGUUUUCGAACCACCAGUCCUUCCUGGACAUUCUUAACGAGAUGAAUGACUACGCGGGACAGAGGGAGCUGAUCGCUGAGAACAUGAUGAUGAACAUCUGCAUCGAGCUCAGCAAAUACCUGCAGGAGCUCAAACUGGAGCGCAAGGCGCACCUGUCAGAUGCCAAAAAGGCUCAGCAGACGUUGGAGAGCACGUACAAGCAGCUCGACUGUAGUAAAAAGCGCUUCGAGAGGGAGUGGAAGGAGGCGGAGAAGACGGCGCAGUAUGCAGAGAAAACCGAUCAGGACAUCAAUGCUACAAAAGCAGAUGUGGAAAAGGCUAAACAGCAGGCUCAUAUGCGUGCACACAUCGCAGAAGAAUGUAAGAAUGACUACGCUGCCCAGCUGCAGAAAUACAACAAGGAGCAGAACCAGUUCUAUUUCACCGACAUGCCGCAGAUAUUUAAUAAGCUGCAGGACAUGGAUGAAAGGCGUGUGCGGAAGCUAUCACAAGCCUACAUCCUGUUUGCCGACACGGAAAGGCAGGUCAUGCCCAUCAUCGGGAAGUGCCUGGAGGGCAUCGCCAGAGCCGGCACCAAUGUUAAUGAGAAGAACGACUCCAUGGUCCUCAUAGAGCAGCACAAAUCAGGUUUUGAGCGUCCUGGCGAUCUGGAGUUUGAGGACUACAGCCAGGGCAUCAACCGGGCCUCAUCUGACAGCAGCCUGGGCACGCCCAAAGGUCCACUGGAUCUGCUGGGCAAAAACAAGAGCAAACCUUUCUGGCUGUUCAGCAAGAAGAGCAAGCCUUCCUCCUCCUCCCCGCUCGCGCCCUUCUCCACACCCCCCGCCCCCUCACCCGCUAACGGACCCCCUUCCCCCAAGUUUGCCCGGGAUCCCCUGUCGUACUGUUUGAAGGAGAUCAAUAAGACAGUCAAGCCACGAAUCUCGUCCUUCCGGACCCUCCGCAGAACGCCGGCUGCCACUGAGGAUUUUGGUCAUCUUCCCCCGGAGCAGAGGAGGAAACGGCUGCAACAGAAGAUCGAUGACAUCAGCAAGGAGCUGCAGAAGGAACUAGAUCAAAGCGAGGCUCUGGGGAAGAUGAAAGACGUUUAUGAGAAAAAUCCCCAGAUGGGCGAUCCUGCUAGUCUGGCACCACAAAUCACCCAGACAACUAACAACAUCGAAAAGCUCAGAGGGGAACUUAACAAAUACGAGUCAUGGCUCGCAGGAGCUGGGGGAAGAGGAGACGCCACUCUUCGUUACUCCACUCACUCCCUAAACAACAAUGGUGGCCACAAUGCAUACAGUCCUGAUGGCGCUCAUUCGGAUGAGAGCACCCCCGACCCCUCUCAGGCCAUCUACGCUGAGUUUGAUGAUGACUUUGAGGAAGAAGAGCUCUCCUCUCCCAUCGGCCAGUGCACAGCUCUGUACAACUUCCCAGGUUCUAGCGAGGGCACGAUCUCCAUGCAGGAGGGUGAGGUGUUUGCCGUGGUGGAGGAGGACAAAGGUGACGGAUGGACACGAGUGAGGCGAAACAACGGAGACGAAGGAUACAUCCCCACCUCCUACGCCAACAUCACACUCAACAAGUGACCCAGACAGCGCCGUCCCUGACACGAGGAGCAACUCCCCACCAUCACGGCAUAUCAUUUGGCACAGAAGACUGCCGCGAGAGCGAGAAAAGAGAGGGAGAGAGAGAGAGAUAGAAACAUGCUAUGUGUCUGACAGAUUCCCAUCAGGUCAGCCAGAAAGAGCAUGAGAAUGUUGUUACCGUUUUUUUUUGUUUUGUGUUUUUUUUGUUUUGUUUUCCCCAUCCUCCUCCUCCUCCUGCUCCUCCUUGUCUGGACGCGGUGAGCGUGUGUAUAUGCUUGAGAUGCUGUUCGGGUCUCGCUCGGCCUGUGAGACAUCAGCCGUCUGCCAUCAUCAAAUAAAGACAAACCACAGGGGAGAAUGUUCGAGUGUCGUCGUAGCCGAGCAGGACGUACGCGUUACAACACACAGUUUUUUUGCCAAGUGUGUAUGUGGAGAGAAUGGAAAGACCGUGAAAUGUCGUCUGGUGCUUCCAGGACUAGGAAAAUAAUUAACCCUAACACUUGCUUCUCUCCGUCCUGAUCAGAAGCCUGUUAUUCCUUGGCCUUCAUGUUUAAACUUUUCCUUUUAACGGACCGCGCACAGACCGACGAGCACCGAUCCUUUCGCAAACGCUUGCCUGUAUGUGCAUUUAUAACGGAACGAGCGCGUGUAUGUGUGUUGGAAAGAGCCAGCUGUAUGAACCAGUUAAUAUGGUUUAACCUUUUGUUUUUAGAAAUCUAGAAAAAAAAAAAAAACCUAUAUUUUGUUCUGAAAUUGCAACGCUACACACUCUGCAGUACAAAACGUUUAAGACAAUCAUCGUAGACAGGUAUACGUAGAAUUUAAAGACUGCUUACUACAAACCCUGGCUGCAUAUUACACCAAUACGAUAAUGUUUGAAAGAUCAUAAUUUAUUGUUUGUGUGGUCACAUUUGCACGAGAUGUCACUGCACACACCCACACUGCAAAAAUCACACGAACACAGUUUAUCGUCCGCUAAGGUCUAAAUAAAAAAAGAAAACUAUUAAAAAAAAAAAAAAAAAAAGUGCCACAUUUAAGACCUCCAUAUUUAUAUACGUAUAAGAAAUCAUAUAUUUUAGAUAUCGCAGCACCACUUUUAUCUUUCAUAGUUUUUUUUUUAUGCUUAAGGAAUAAAUAUCGUGUAGUCUAAGCUAGUUAAAGGUGAGCAAAACGAUCCGAGGUGAUUUAGCCGCGUCUGCGAAGUCUCGAAUCUCAUGCACGGUUUCCACAGUUAUGUUGUCGUGUCUUCUCGAAUGUUUUGUCUCUGUUCCUCUAGGACAGGAAAAGCUUCAUCCGGUAGUUUCCUUUACGAGUUGUCUGUUACAGGCCUACUGCUGGUCAUGUGACUGGUCACAUGGUGUGCUGUGGCACCAUUCACUUUGGAAAAGAGGAGUUUAUCCAGGACAUUGACAGCCAUUUAUCAGCCAUUGCUUCUGGUCUCCUUUUGUGUGAAACUUCUUGAGGUAGUCUUUACUUUCUUUAAUACUUUCUUUAAUUGGAACACUCAAUUAUGGCACAUAUGGCAGGUUCAUGAUGAUAAUAUCUAUAUAAUAUAUAAUAUUAGAUAUCUAAGAAAUAUUGACUUAAAACACCUGGAAUGUUUUACUGAUUAUUAUUGGGGAGGGGAGGGGGGAAUGAUAUUGGUAUCGAAUGUUUACAAGGAGAAUAAACAAUUAAGAACAUGUGUAAUGUUCUUAAUUUAAACAUCA